AAUGAUCUGCAUUGGCUAGCGUGUGCCUUGUAUGUGGCUUGCAGAAAAGCAAUUCCAACUGUGAGCAGAGGGACAGCUGAGGGAAAUUACGUAUCUUUAACUAGAAUUUUGCGCUGUUCAGAACAAAGCUUGAUCGAGUUUUUUAACAAGAUGAAGAAGUGGGAAGACAUGGCAAAUCUACCCUCCCAGUUCAGAGAACGAACUGAGAGAUUAGAGAGAAACUUUACAGUUUCUGCAGUAAUUUUUAAGAAAUAUGAGCCCAUUUUUCAGGACAUUUUCAGAUAUCCUCAAGAAGAUCAACCUCGUCAACAGAGAGGAAGAAAACAGAGACGACAACCAUGCACUGUGACUGAAGUUUUCCAGUUUUGUUGGGUGCUGUUUGUUCAUGCAAAAGGUAAUUUUCCUAUGAUCAGUGAUGACUUGGUCAAUUCCUACCAUCUCUUGUUAUGUGCUUUGGAUCUAGUAUAUGGAAAUGCUCUCCAGUGCCCUAACCGUAAAGAACUUCUGAAUCCUAAUUUUAAAGGUCUACCUGAAGACUUUCAUAGUAAGGAUUAUAAAGUAUCAUCUGAUCCUCCCUGCAUCAUUGAAAAACUGUGUUCAUUACAUUAUGGAUUAGUUUUAGAAGCAAAAGGCAUAAAGGAGCAUUUUUGGAAGCCAUAUAUUCGGAAACUUUUUGACAAAAAGCUUUUAAAAGGAAAAGAUGAAAAUCUGACUGGAUUUCUAGAUCCUGGGAACUUUGGAGAUAGCUUCAAAGCGAUCAACAAGGCCUACGAGGAGUAUGUUUUGUCAGUAGGAAAUCUCGAUGAGCGAAUAUUUCUUGGGGAGGAUGCAGAUGAAGAAAUUGGAACUCUCACAAGGUGCUUAAAUACAACUUCAGGAAUGGAAACAGCUGAACGAGUCCAAGUGAAGCAUAAUUUGCAGCAGCACUUUGACAGGUCCAAAUCACUUAGGAUUACAACUCCGCUUACUGGCCGCAAGUACAUUAAAGAGAGCAACCCAUAUGUGACACCUGUUUCCAUAGCAACAUACAGUUUGAGCCGCCUUCAUACGAUGCUGGCAGGCCUGAAAAAUGCCCCCAGUGAAAAUCUGGAGCAAAUACUCCGGGCCUGUUCCAGAGAUCCUUCUCAAUCUAUUGCAAACAGAGUAAAAGAAAUGUAUGAAGUAUACUGCCAGAGCAUGCAGUCCGAAGGAGAAUUCAGUAAUUUUUCCAAAGAUGUUGCUAGUAAGCAUUUUCGUCGUGCUGAGGUGCUAUACUACAAGGUCUUGGAGUCAGUCAUUGAGCAAGAGAGGAAGAGGCUGGGAGACACUGACCUAUCGGCAAUACUGGAGCAAGAUGUGUUCCACAGAUCACUGCUAGCGUGUUGCCUUGAGAUAAUUACCUUCACGUAUAAGCCGCCUGGAAACUUCCCAUUCAUCACUGAAAUAUUUGACAUUCCAGUUUAUCAUUUUUAUAAGGUAAUUGAGGUUUUCAUUAGAGCAGAGGAUGGCCUUUGUCGGGAAGUAGUGAAACACCUGAAUCAUAUUGAAGAACAGAUCUUGGAAAGUAUGGCAUGGAAACAGGAAUCUAUAUUGUGGGACAGAAUCAGAGACAAUGACAACAAAGUUCCUACUUGCGAAGAGGUAAUGCCACCUCAGUAUUUUGAGAGAUCUGCUGGGAACAGUGCUGUAGGUUCACCAUUGACACCAAGACGAAUAAACGAGGUUCGUGCUGAAAGUGGAGGACUAGGAAGAGGCCUUUCAUCCUCUCCAACUACGCUGUACGACAGAUACAGUUCUCCUACAGCCAAUCCUACAAGGCGAAGACUGUUUGUUGAUAACGAUAAUGUCUCUGACAGUGGAACUCCUGUAAGAGUUUCCCAACAGCCCGUGGUGAACACGGUGCCUGUGCAGAACGUGAAUCCCGAAGCCAUGUCAGUAACUCCGGUGCCUGGCCAGACCCUGGUUACAGUGGCAACUGCCACCGUAACAGCCAAUAACGGGCAAACUGUUACGAUACCAGUACAAGGUAUCGCCAAUGAAAACGGCGGAAUAACGUUCUUCCCCGUCCAGGUAAAUGUGGGUGCCCAGGCUCAAGCCGUGUCUGGUGCCAUCCAGCCUCUCAGUGCCCAGACCCUUGCUGGUACCCUGAACACCCCGAUGGCGGGGGCAGCACUGCAGUUACCAGGCCCGUUAACUGUCCAGCAGAUCUCUCCCGGAGAGCAGAGACAAGCCCAGCCGUUCACCACCGCCAUGUCCGUCAGGCCUCGGAAGAUGGGCUCACUUUCGCUCUUCUUUAGAAAGGUGUAUCAUUUGGCUAGCGUGCGUCUGCGAGACCUCUGCAUCAAACUUGACGUAUCUGAUGAGCUGCGGAAAAAGAUCUGGACAUGUUUUGAGUAUUCCUUGGUGCACUGCCCUGAAGUCAUGAUGGACAGGCAUCUGGAUCAGCUGCUGAUGUGUGCCAUCUAUGUAAUGGCUAAGGUUACUAAGGAAGACAGAUCAUUUCAGAACAUCAUGCGCUGCUACCGGACACAACCACAAGCCAAGAGUCACGUAUAUCGGAGCGUCCUGAUAAAGGGCAGGAGGCGCCGCCGCUGCUCUGGCAGCAGUGAUGGCAGCAGCCAGCAGAACUCGCCUACAGACAGAAGCAAAGAGAGAAACAAAGAAAGAACUAGUAGAGACUCCAGCCCCGUGAUGCGAUCCAGCAGCACCCUGCCAGUACCGCACCCCAACAGCGCUCCCCCUACUCCAACCCGGCUGACAGGUGCCAACAGUGACACAGAGGAGGAAGAGCGAGGAGACCUUAUACAGUUCUACAACAACAUCUACAUCGAGCAGAUUAAAGAGUUUGCCCUGAAGUACACUUCAAAUGCACAGACCGACUCUCCUCCGCUCUCGCCCUACCCGUUUGUAAGGAUCGGCUCCCCUCGCCGAAUACAGCUGUCCCAGAAUCACUCAGUAUACAUCUCGCCACACAAAAACGAGUCUGCGCUUUCUCCUCGAGAGAAAAUAUUCUAUUAUUUCAGCAGCAGCCCGUCUAAGAGGCUAAAGGAGAUUAACAGCAUGGUUAGAACCGGAGAAACCCCAACCAAGAAGAGAGGCAUUCUCUUAGAAGAUGGUACUGAAGCACCAGCCAAGCGAAUCUGCCAGGAGAAUCACACCGCUCUGUUAAGACGACUACAAGAUGUGGCAAAUGACCGAGGGUCUCACUGA